UUAGCUGUAUGUGACAGAGCUGAUCAUGCUAUCAGAGCCAUGAUUGGUCAACUAACUAGUCCAGAGAGGCCUGGCAUUCAUAUCACAAUCAGUUGCAUAUAUAUUGUAGUUCAGUAUGUAACAGCUCAGGGUCUUUUUACAGUACUGCAUGCCUGUAUAAGCAACUUUCCAGGGCCCUAUUGAGCCACUCUUCAACUUUGUGUGGGUAUUCUCUUUAAAUCUUGCAUGUUUUAUAACAAAUGUGAAUUUAAUGUAACAAUGUAAGACAGAUUUUUUUUUUUUUUUUUUUUUUUUUUUUUAAACGUGUGCAUGCAUGUUAAAAUAUAAAUAUGUUUCUAGAAUAUAGAAUGUCUAAUAUGAUUGUAAGUUUGGCAUUUUUGUUGGAAUCCAAUUUAGAGUCUUAAUUAAAAUAUUAAAAUAUAUUAUCAUUGCAUUAUAGGAAAAACAUUUCAGUAAUUCUUGCAGUUUACUAUAACCAAAUUUGUGCUUUUCUACCCAGACAGCAUGAAUGCAGGGUCAAUGAGGGAAAUCACCAUGAAUCAAGAUUUUACUGAAAAUGAAAAUAUUUCCAUUCCGUCUUAUUUCUAUAUCACUGGUUUUUCUGGUAUACCUCACAUGAGAUACUAUUAUAUAUUUCUGUUUUUUGUCUACAUUAUUACUGUGCUUGGAAACUCCUGCCUCAUGUUUGUCAUCAUUAUAGACCGAAAUCUUCACACUCCUAAAUAUAUCGCUGUCUUUAAUUUAUCAUUGACAGACAUUUGUGAGAGUACCGCUGUGAUCCCUCAGCUACUGGACACAUUUUUGUUUGGGAAUCAGUUGAUCCCAUAUAGAUUGUGCAUGUCCAAUAUGUUCUCCGUUUUGUUAUUUCUCACAAUGCAGUCACUAACUCUAACUAUUUUGUCUUUUGACAGAUUAGUAGCUAUUUGUUUACCACUGAGGUAUCAUAUGAUUGUGACCCAUAGAUCAAUGCUUGUUAUAAUUAGUUCUUCAUGGACUUUAGCACUGUUGCUAACAAUCACUGCAGCAGUUUUCAUGAGCAAGCUUUCUUUCUGCAAAGUUAUUGUCACCGUUAACAGUUUCUACUGUGAUCAUGGACCUAUAUAUCGUUCUGCAUGUAACAAUAAUUUCCCAAGUUCUGUGAUUGCCAGUUUGUUCCCGGCGAUUAUCCUUGGUUUACCAGUAUUUUUUAUUAUCUUUUCAUAUACAUGUAUAGCUGUGACAUUGUUUAGAAUCACAACCCCACAAGAUCGUCAAAGAGCCACAAAGACAUGUACUGCUCAUUUAAUAUUAGUGGCUAUAUUUUAUGUACCCAUCGCGUUUACAUAUGCAUUUUGGUCCUUUAUUAACACUAACACAAGGAUCAUCAAUCUCUCUCUGACCUCUGCGCUUCCUCCAAUGCUUAACCCUAUAAUCUACACAUUCAUGACAGAAGAGUUCAUGGUGUCUGUGAAAAGAGUCCUUAAAAGAAGUUUGAUAUUCCCAUAUCGGAAAUAA